UGUUAAUGACAGCUGUUACCUAGCAACGGAACACAUGCGUAAUAUUUUGACACGCAUCUUUGGAGGGUCAGAGACAAAACAUGGCUAAACAACAAGACCCAGAGGACGAUGAAGAAAUCCUGAGCACGUUUGAAAAGUUUGUUCGGAAUCAGGGACUGGUUGACUGGCCCGUGGCGUUUGAGGAGAAUAUAGAGAUAUCAUCCCACUUCAAACAUUACAGUCAUCCCAGACAGAUAUAUGACUACUUUAAAGUAAACGUGCCAUUCCCAGUGGACGUCACCAUGUCCUUCUCCAAGAGCAUAGAGGAGCUAUAUUCCAAGAUAAAACUACAUGCAUCCAUAAUGUCACAAGAACAGAGCAAAAACAAGAAUGCGGAAUCAGUGUUUGAUGACAUGAAUAAAUAUAAAAUGUAUGUGCAAAGAGCACAUCGAAUCAUGAAAGAGCAGAGUGAGGCAGUGUCGCGGAGCUUGGACAUCAAGGACUAUGACUACCCAGGGUUUGAUGCAGUCGAGGACACUGACAUCCCAGGACAUCCUGAUGCCUUACAGCAUUUGGACAGAGUAUCAGAGGCCCAAGGCUUUAAUCCAGGCUUCCUGAAGAUCUGGAGGCCGUUCUUUCUGUGUGAUCUGUCCGUGGCUGUUCUCAAAGACACAUUCUGGUGGUUCUUCCUCCACAGAUUUAAGCCUAAUGUGGAGGAGGAGAGCCAGUUGUUUGAUCGGAUCUCUGGAGCCUUUGUCUCUCUGCUGAUGACCGUUCAGAUGGACCUGAAGGACAAGCUCUUUAAGGUGUAUGCAGACUGCCUGGCCCAGGCGGUCUACGCAGCGUUCUACGGAGCGUUCCCUGAGUCCAUGGAACGUCUAGGCCAUGACUUCAAGACAGACCUGACUGACCUCAUCUCCCUCUGGGUGUCAGGUGUGAAGCCCACCCUGUUGUCAUGGCAGAGCUGGAACCUGGGCUGGCUGGAUCCUGUUGACACGUCCGUGAAGAGCCAUGGAGAGUCAGCAUGUGACCUGCAGAUGGAGUUUGAAGAGCUGGUGUCCAGCGCCAGGAGACUAAGUCUCAGCAGCACAGAGAAGCAGAAGAGAGGAAGCAUUGCUAAUGCUGACUCCAGGAUGGACCGCAAGAGAGAGUCCCACUACAUCGGAGCAGGUCCAGAGUUCCAGCAUGUCUGUUUCAAGCCCUGUGGUCAGAGUCCUCUGGUGUCUCGUUACCUGCACCUCCAAGACAUCCCUACACCCGCUGGAUCUGACACACGCAGGAUCAGACGCACUGAGAUCACCAACCUCACUCCUUCCAAACCCACCUACCAAGAGGUGCUGACUGAUGUGGAGGAGAGGAGCCACAAAAGGCAACAGGAAUACAACACGUUCUGCCAGCAGACCAAACAGGAGAUAGCUGACAUCCACAGAGAUCGACUGAUCCAUAACAUGAAACUCAACAGGAUGAAGAAAGAGAUUUUCAGUGACCGCAUGGAGGUGAAGAUCGCCAGCGAGGGAAUCAUGAAUAAAUGGAACCAUCCCCCGUACCGCCAGCGUCUGCAGAAGGGAGAGGAGAAAGAGAGGAAAGAGGAGUCAGAGGAGGUGAAGAAUACAAACCAACCUUCUGUUUCUCCAGAGAACCGAAAGACAGCUGGACAAUGACACUGCAACUUUCAGCACAGUGUCUCUCUCUCCCUCUCCCUCCCUCUCUCCCUCUCUCUCUCCCUCUCCCUCCCUCUCCCUCUCUCUCCCUCUCUCUCUCCCUCUCUCUCUCUCUUUCUCUUUAUGCCACUCAGAUCUACAGAACACGAUGUCAGUGUUUUGUGCUACAUUAAUAUAUUUUACAUUUGUUUUCAUUGAAAUUCACCCAGAUGAUUUAAAUGCCAAUCUUCACACUUCACCAUUCACCAGUCACACUGUGAUUAUUUCCCUUCGGUCUGUUCUCCCUUUCUCAGACGCUGACUUGAAACAGUGUGUGUGUGUGUGUGUGUGUGUGUGUGUGGGCCAGAGCAGGGCUAGUGUGUUUUACAAUUCAUGAAGGCUCAGAAACAUCACAGAAACAUAUUACCUCUCAGAGACUCACAGCACACCAGAGGAGAGGGUGUGUGUGUGUGUGUGUGUGUGUGUGUGUGUGUGUGUGUGUGUGUGUGUGUGUGUGUGUGUGUGUGUGUGUGUGUGUGUGUGUGUGUGUGUGUGUGUGUGUGUGUGU